AUGAAUGACUUGGCCUUUCUUUCAGGUCUGCUAUCAGAGCUGAAGCUGGCUGUGCCUUGGGGCCACAUCGCUGCCAAAGCCUGGGGCUCCCUGAAAGGCGCCCCCGUUCUCUGCCUGCACGGCUGGCUGGACAAUGCCAAUUCCUUUGAUAGACUCAUCCCCCUUCUCCCUCAAGACUUCUACUAUGUUGCCAUGGAUUUCGGGGGCCAUGGGCUUUCAUCUCAUUACAGCCCAGGUCUUCCGUAUUACCACCAAGACUUUGUGAAUGAGAUCCGGAGAGUUGCAGCCGCCUUGAAAUGGAAUCGCUUUUCCCUCAUGGGCCACAGUUUUGGUGGCGCUGUGGGCGGGAUGUUUUCCUGUGUCUUCCCCGAGAUGGUGGACAAGCUCCUCCUGCUAGAUUCCGUGCCGUUGGUCCUGGAGUCAAGUGAAGUAGAGAACGUGCUGACGUACAGACGGAGAGCCAUGGAGCACAUCCUGCAGCUGGAAGCCUCCAAUAAGCCCUCCAAUGUGGUCAGCCCCGAGGAGAUGCUGCAGGGACUCCUGAAGAACAACAGUCAAGUGGGGGAGGAGUGUGGGAAACUCCUCCUGCAGAGAGGGACCACCCAGGUAGCCACAGGUCUGGUGCUGAACAGAGACCGGAGAAUCGCUUGGCCGGAGCUUGGCUUUGACUUUAUCAGCAGAGAGUUGUUCAAGAAAGCCCUCCAGAAGCUGCAGGCCCGAGUCCUGCAUGUCAAAGCAAGCCAGGGCUUCACCAGUGUGAGGAAGGAGACCAAAGGCAACAAAGAUACCAUUCAUUUCAUGAUUGACACACUCCAGAUGAUACUAAAAGAGCGCUACCAGUUUGUGGAAGUGCCGGGCAACCACUACGUCCACAUGAAUGACCCCCACCAAGUGGCCAAGAUCAUCAGCACUUUUCUACUGAGUGAUGGGGCCCCAGCCCCCGGUCUCCCCACAACCGCCUGA